AUGGUAGAUGAUGGUCUGAACAAGAAGAGUAAGACUAGAGCUCAGAAGAAGAAGAAGAAAGAUGGGAAUGCAAUAAAUGAGGUGCAUGUUAAUCUACCAUUCAUAGAGGUGCUCUCUCAGAUGCCAGCUUAUGCUAAAUUCUUGAAGGAGAUAUUUUCCAACAUGCGGAAAGUGGAAGAGACAUCAGUCGUCAAGCUCACAGAGCAUUGUAGUUCCAUUCUGCAAAAUAAGCUCCCUCAAAAGAAAUUGGAGGGAGAGAUUAGAGAAAUCCGAUCGAUACAUGUAUCCUUGCAGCUGGCGGAUCAGACCACAAUCAUACUUGAAGGAAUAGUGGAAGAUGUGCUAGUUUGGGUGGACAAAUUUAUGUUCCCUAUGAACUUCAUUGUGGUGAAUAUGGAAGAGAAUAGGGAGAUCCCUCUAAUUCUAGGGAGACCAUUUUUGGCUACUAGCAAAGCUAUUUUGGACAUUCAGGAAAGGCAGCUCAUGCUCAAAGUGGGAGAAGAAAGGGUGGUCAUCAAGAUAAAAGGAGCAAUGGGGUCCUAA